AUGGAUAUCGGCAUUGUGGAGUACGUCAACGGUUUCCACGAUAUCUACAACGUUCAUUUCAACGGCGAGUGUAUCAGAACCUUAGUAACCCCCGAACCCCGAAAGGUCAUCGAAUGGAUCUCCGAGAUUGAGUACAUCCAUCGCCACCGCCUCAACCGCCUCAUCGUGGGCCUGGACGUAGAGUGGCGCCCCAGCUACUCGAAGCGGCGGAACCCGGUGGCGACGCUCCAGCUCUGCGUGGGGCGCCGCUGCCUGGUCUUCCAGCUCCUGUACUGCGGGCCCCGCAUCCCAGACCGGCUCGUCAGGUUCCUGGGCAACCCGGGCUACAGCUUCGUCGGCGUGGGGAUCAAGGACGACUUGAAGAAGCUGGAGGAAGACCACCGCGUGUUGGUGACGAACGCGGUGGAGCUGCGGGCCCUCGCGGCGUACGAGACGGGGGAUGCGUCUCUGAAGAAUGUUGGGUUGAAGUAUUUGGUGGGGGUUUAUCUGGGCGCGGAGAUGGAGAAGCCCAGAAGGGUGAGGAUGGGGGAGUGGGAUCGAGAGGUUCUUAACACUGAGCAGAUUCAGUAUGCGUGCAUUGAUGCUUUCGUGUGUUUUGAGAUUGGCAGGAUUUUGAAAGCGUCUGCUCAUUAG